AUGAAGAACAAGAUCGACAUAAAGAGCAUGGACGAUAAGCUGAAGAAGCAUGUCGAUCGAGUAUUAUGUGACAUGGAGAAGAAGAACAAGAAGACAGAGAUAGUUGGAGCGAUGGCAGUACAGAAGCCACAAGAGUGGGCUCUCAAUCCUGCAAAGCUUGUCAUAAACAAAGAAGCCUUUGCUCGUGGAGCUUUUGCUACAGUUCACAAAGGUCGUUACAACGACGAAGAAGUUGCCGUUAGAAAGCUAGACUGGGGAGAAGAUGAGGGAGGAUUCUUGCAAAGAGAUUUUCAGCGCGAGAUUUCUGUUUGGUACAGCCUUGAUCAUCCGAACAUUACUAAGUGCAUCGGAGCUACAACAUUAAUGGUUGGUAGCUCUGCUUGUGUAGUUGCGGAGUAUGUUCCUGGAGGUACACUCAGGUCUCACCUCAAGAAGUUUCGCGAAACGAAGCUGAAAUUCAAGGUUGUCUUGCAACUAGCAUUGGAUCUUGCUAAAGGGUUGAGCUACUUGAACUCCAAGAACAUUGUGCACAGAGAUCUGAAAUCAGAAAAUUUGCUUCUUGAUAAAAAUGGGAGAGUAAAGAUAGCAGAUUUCGGUUUGUCACGUCUUGAGGCUUCGAUAUUGAGUGAGAUGACAGGCAAAACCGGCACCGCUGCAUAUAUGGCCCCGGAAGUAUUGGAGUCUAAGCCUUACAACAAGAAGUGUGACGUUUAUAGCUUUGGGAUUUGUUUAUGGGAGAUUUGCAGCUGCCAGAUGCCCUACUCAGACUAUUCACAAAUGUCAGAGGUAACUUCUGCUGUUGUGUACAACAACUUAAGACCACAGAUACCGAAAAGUUGUCCAAGCUCCUUGGCCAAAGUCAUAAAAAGAUGUUGGGAUGCAGAUCCAAGGAAAAGACCGGAUAUGGAGGAAGUUGUUACCAUGUUAGAGGCGAUUGAAAACUCAAAGCAUCACCAUGGUUGCUUCUGCUUCUCCAUGCCGGAGACUAAGUAUAUAGGUAGCUAG